AUGUCGACUGCCGCCCGACGUCGUCUCAUGCGCGACUUCAAGCGCAUGCAAACGGAUCCUCCUGCAGGUGUUUCCGCCUCUCCAGUCCCCGACAAUGUGAUGACAUGGAACGCCGUCAUUAUCGGUCCUGCGGACACCCCCUUCGAGGACGGAACCUUCAGACUCGUCAUGCAGUUUGAGGAGCAGUAUCCCAACAAGCCACCCCAGGUUAAAUUCAUCAGCCAAAUGUUCCAUCCCAACGUCUACGCCACGGGUGAGCUCUGUCUGGAUAUUCUGCAGAACCGAUGGAGCCCGACGUACGAUGUCGCCGCCGUAUUGACGAGCAUUCAAAGCCUGCUCAAUGACCCCAACACUGGUUCGCCUGCCAACGUCGAAGCCUCCAACCUCUACAAGGAUAAUAGGAAAGAAUAUACCAAGCGAGUGAGGGAGACUGUCGAGAAGAGCUGGGAGGAUUAA